AAUACAGCAGCGUUUGCACGGGCUUACGGGUGAUGGGAGACGCGCUGAGCAUCGCAAUUUCAUUUUUUCCCCUCUAAUUCUGGGUUGUACUGAUUACUGGAAUUCUUUUUUUUUUAUAAAGAAAGGAAAGAAAAAAAAUCUUCAUAUUCUUCAUAUCAGUCUUAAAUAUGAAAUCGAAAACGAGUCGCGUCUCCUAAGUGGACCGGACAAUGGAAGUAGCUUCUUGCAGCAGUAUUGGUUCGCCCUUGGGAAACAAGUACACAGGAAAUAAGAGAAUCUGCAAAAGCGUGUUGGUCCGCACCGGCCGGGUUCCUGCGAGCGCGCGCAGCUCCGAAGCGACGCAGUGUAUCCCGGAGCGCGUGUCACUGGAUGCGUGAAGAAACCAGAAACACUCGCGUAUGCAUUUAUUCCAUAGAACUUCUUUUGGAUUCGCGCCUUUGCCAAGGAGGUCGAGAGAGAGAGUUGAAAUCCGGUCGGAGAAACUCGGCGUGCACGUGUGAACCACGGAUGAAUUCACGGCGCUAGAGUGUUUGGCGCGCCGUUAUGGAUUGCCCGGAGUGAACGUCUGAAAUUGAACUGGAUCGCGUCCCGAUCCGGAGAGCUUCUCUGGGUGCCAGCCGACAUCAGGUGUCAGGAUCAUGAUCACCUCGUUUCUAUGGUCUUAAAAACGUCCCCUGCCUUACCGUUGGAUCUGGUAUCCUAAACGCGAGCAGACACAAUAGCAAUCGAUCAUCAUCAUCGCAACUGAGAGAAAUCGUGCAAGGAAGACCUCAAAGCUGCCACAAUGUGUAGAUUAAGCGCACUCGGAAUUUAUUUGUGGGAAACCUUAUUGUUUUUCAGCUUGGCAGCAUCCCAGCAAGCUGCAGCACGGAAAGCUGCCUCCCCUAUGCCCCCUUCAGAAUUCUUGGACAAACUCAUGGGGAAAGUGUCUGGGUACGACGCAAGAAUCAGACCUAAUUUUAAGGACCCACAAGGCCCCAAAUCGGAUGGUACUCACAAGAAAGGUCCACCUGUGAAUGUAACAUGCAACAUUUUUAUUAACAGUUUUGGAUCCAUUGCUGAAACAACAAUGGAUUAUAGGGUGAAUAUUUUCCUGAGACAGCAGUGGAACGACCCCCGACUGGCUUACAGUGAAUACCCUGACGACUCCCUCGACCUUGACCCUUCUAUGUUGGACUCCAUUUGGAAACCAGAUUUGUUCUUUGCCAAUGAAAAGGGGGCCAAUUUCCAUGAGGUUACCACUGACAACAAGCUCCUGAGGAUCUCUAAAAACGGGAAUGUGUUGUAUAGCAUAAGGAUAACGCUGGUUCUAGCCUGUCCCAUGGACCUGAAGAAUUUCCCGAUGGACGUGCAGACUUGUAUAAUGCAGCUGGAGAGCUUUGGCUACACUAUGAACGAUCUGAUAUUUGAGUGGGAUGAAAAAGGUGCUGUGCAGGUGGCUGAUGGACUAACGUUACCCCAGUUUAUCCUGAAGGAGGAGAAAGAUUUACGCUACUGCACCAAACACUACAACACAGGGAAGUUCACAUGCAUCGAGGCCCGCUUCCAUCUGGAGAGGCAGAUGGGCUACUACCUGAUUCAGAUGUACAUCCCCAGUCUGCUAAUCGUCAUCCUGUCCUGGGUGUCCUUCUGGAUCAACAUGGAUGCUGCUCCUGCUCGUGUGGGCCUGGGCAUCACUACGGUGCUCACCAUGACAACACAGAGCUCAGGCUCCAGAGCCUCUCUGCCAAAGGUCUCCUAUGUGAAGGCCAUUGACAUCUGGAUGGCUGUGUGCCUGCUGUUUGUCUUCUCGGCCCUGCUGGAGUAUGCUGCUGUCAACUUCAUCGCUCGCCAGCACAAAGAGCUGCUGCGCUUCCAGAGGAGGAGACGACACCUAAAGGAGGAGGAGGCAGGUGAAGGGCGCUUCAGCUUUGCAGCCUAUGGCAUGGGCCCCGCGUGUCUGCAGGCUAAAGACGGCAUGGCCAUCAAGGGCAACAACAAUGCGCCUGCCUCCAGCAUGCCACCUGAGAAGAGCGUGGAGGAGAUGCGCAAGCUCUUCAUCAGCCGCGCCAAGCGUAUCGACACGGUGUCGCGGGUCGCCUUCCCACUCGUCUUCCUCAUUUUUAACAUUUUCUACUGGAUCAUUUACAAGAUCAUCCGCAGCGAGGAUAUUCACAAGCAGUAAAUAUAAAGGGUGAGAUCCGAGCUGAAAAAGCUGCCGCUGUCGCUGCCCAUCGCCCCUCCCCACCCCCCGCCUCAACCCCGUGCCCACUUCCUCUCCUCAGCACUCACUUGCUUUCAGUGCCGAGUCGUUGGCAGAGGUAUUUCUCGAUAUUCGUUUUCUUUCUUCUGUCCUUUUUCCUCCCUGUUCUCCUGAAUAAUCUGGACCUGUGCAAUAGCAAUGCAGUAAAAUGCAUGAUAUAUGAAUGUGGCAAUAUAUUUACUAAAAAAUAAAAAAAAAUUAAAAAUAAAAAUGGCAACAUAAAUAUUAGACUUUCACAGAUACGUCAGAGAACCUCUUGAGCAAACUCUGAAAUUCAAGGGGCUGUUGCUCUUGUGAGACUUUUCUUUUUUCUUUUUUUUUUUGCAACUUGGAGACAUGCUGCAUUAUGGGAAUAUGAAGGAGAUUACACGCAGCUCUGUAAUAUAUCAAGUGUUUAAAAACAACAACGAGAGAGAGAGAGAGAGAGAGAGAGAGAGCUAACUGGGAAAACGGAAAGGUUUUAAAAGAACGCCAUGCGGAUGGUUCGGUGCUUCCAUAAAUAAGUAAUGCAAGAGGCGCUGGAAUAUAUCUAUAUCUAUGUCUAGAUUUGCUUCAAUAUAUGUAUUGCAAGCACUUGUCAAUGCCCAGAAAAAACAGGAUGUCAUGAUGAUGAAGUCCUGAUGUCAUGAUGUCACUUUACCAGUGGAAGCUUGACGAGUGACCGUCAGAAAUAUAUUGUUUAUACCAGCUGUGGUCAGUGUGAAUUUUUUGUCCAGAUUACAUCAUUUACUCAUGUGCCAAGUGAACAGCAUGUUGCUGUACCAUUUUCCUCAGCUUUUGUGAACAACGAGAAAAGAAAAAGAAAAAAAAAAGAACUUUGGGCUAUAAACCUUUAUUGCUUUAUUUAUUCAGACAACAGACAUUUACAAGCUAUGUAUUAUGACAUGACUGGAACAAGAGGAAAA